AUGACGAUACCGUAUGUGCAACCGAGGGCACCGGGCCAGGGCGGAGACGGCGCGUGGCCUGCUCCUGUUGUACCAACAACCAGCCCUGCUUGGACGACAUCGAGCUGGCCAACCCGAAGCUGGACAACCUCGACCUGGCCUUCUUGGACUUCAAGUUGGACCAGCAGCUGGAAGACAACAACGGCAGUGUCCACCAUCACUGAAGCACCAUGCCCUUGCGAUACGACAGCCACGACAGUUGUGCCCGUCCAAACCACCACCAGCGACGGUGCCGCAACGGUUGUCGUCUACCAGCAUCACCACAGCGGAUUGUCGCCCGGCGCGGUCGGCGGGAUCGUCAUCGGCGCGUUCUUCGGUCUCCUCUUGCUGCUGCUUAUAUGCAUCGGCUGCUUCCGCGCCUGGCGUCGGCCGCAGUACUACGGGUCAGAUACGUCGUCGAGCUCGUCGCGCCGCAGACGACCAAUCAUCACUGAUCCCUAUCCAUCCCGUCCGAACGCGAAUCUGACAUUCGUUGGUGGAGGAAACCGGCCGGAGACUCGGGUUGUCGUUACACGGAAGGAAAAGGUGUUUGUCAGGCCUCCACCGAGAGCUGUUCGGACAACAACGAGGACCAAGGACAGGGUUGUGGUCGUCGAAGAGGAUUGA